AUGGCCUGCGGCACAGACGCAAAGGCCUCCCUCAAGCACAUGAUGGGACACGUGCACUCCUUUGUCACCGCUGCCUGCAAGGAGUACUUUGAGAAGUUCAGGCGUCACGUGUACGUGACCCCCAAGAGCUACCUCUCGUUCAUCCAGGGGUACAAGGAGCUGUACAGCCGCAAGUGGGCCUACACCCGCGAGCUGGCGGCCUCCAUCCAGGCCGGCCUGCAGAAGAUGGUGGAGGCCAAGGAGGACGUCAACAAGAUGAAGGCGGAGCUGGCCAUCAAGAACCAGGAGCUUGCCGUCGCCUCGCGCGAGGCCGAGGCGCUGCUGCGCUCCAUCAGCGAGAGCACCGCGGUGGCCGAGAAGGAGAAGGCCAAGGUCGCCGUGAUCGUGGGCGAGGUGUCGUCCAAGGCGGCAGAGAUCGCCGCGGUCAAGGACGACGCGGAGCGCGACCUCGCGGCCGCAAAGCCCGCGCUGGACGACGCGCUGGCCGCCCUGAACAGCAUCCGCCCCUCCGACAUCACGAGCCUCAAGGCGCUCAAGAGCCCCCCUGACAUUGUGAAGCGCAUCUUUGACUGCGUGCUGCUGCUCAGAUACUGGCCCAUCAACUCGGUGUCGUGGCAGGACGUGAAGGGCUCCAUGGUUAUCGCCGGCAGCUACGAGGUGGCGGUGAAGAUGAUGGGCGACAUGACCUUCCUCACCGCGCUGCUCAACUUCCCCAAGGAGCAGAUCAACGACGAGACGGUGGAGCUGCUGCAGCCCUACUUUGCCGCACCCGACUUCAAUUAUGAGAGCGCACGCAAGGCCUCAGGCAAUGUGGCAGGUGGGCUUCCGGCUGGGGUGUUUGCCGACUGA